GGCCGGGCUCGCUGCUUCCCUCCCGCCGUCCCUGCUCCGGGGCUGGCUUCGCGGCGGCCGCGCCGCUCCUGCCGCCCCGCCGGGGCCCCGCACCGCCUGCUCGCCACCUCCUUCUCCUCGUCGUCCUCGUCCCGCCGCUCCCCCGCCGGCGGUGCCGGGCCGGCCGCCCCCCGGAUGCCGCCGCAGCAGGAGGGCGAUGCGGGCUACAUCGGCAAGCCGGUGGCCGGCGGCUGCGAGGUGCCGCCGGUGCCCCCGCGCAGGGUGCGCAGCGGCCGGGCGGCGGCGGCGCUCGGGGCGGCGCUGGGCGGCCGCUGCCGGGGGGCGGCGGGGAGCGGGGCCGGGAGCGGGGCCGGGGCCGGGAGCGGAGCCGGAGCCGGGGCCGGGAGCGAGCCGCGGCGCAGCAUCAAGUGCGUGCUGGUGGGGGACGGCGCCGUGGGGAAGACCAGCCUGGUGGUGAGCUACACCACCAACGGGUACCCCACCGAGUACAUCCCCACCGCCUUCGACAACUUCUCCGCUGUUGUGUCUGUGGACGGCAAGCCGGUGAGACUGCAGCUCUGCGACACAGCCGGCCAGGAUGAAUUUGACAAGCUCAGGCCUCUGUGCUACACCAACACGGACAUCUUCCUGCUGUGCUUCAGCGUCGUCAGCCCCUCAUCCUUCCAGAACGUGAGUGAGAAGUGGGUUCCCGAAAUCCGGUGCCACUGCCCCAAGGCGCCCAUCAUCCUGGUGGGGACGCAGUCGGACCUCCGGGAAGACGUCAAAGUUCUCAUCGAGCUGGACAAGUGCAAAGAGAAGCCCGUCUCGGAGGAGGCUGCGAAGCUCUGUGCCGAGGAAAUAAAAGCUGCGUCCUACAUCGAGUGCUCGGCUUUGACUCAGAAAAACCUCAAGGAGGUCUUUGAUGCGGCCAUCGUGGCUGGGAUUCAGUACUCGGAUACCCAGCAGCAACCAAAGAAAUCCAAGUGUAGGACUCCAGACAAAAUGAAAAACCUCUCCAAAUCCUGGUGGAAAAAAUACUGCUGUUUUGUAUAGGAAUCGCAAGGACCCGAGUGCUGCUCUGAGGACAUCAAAUAGAGGCUAUAUUAGCUCAACUCUCAUUCUGUGUCGUCCCGGGUGUAUAGUGUAGAUCUGUAUGUAUGUGUAUAUGUUGCUACUGGAUAUCUCGGUUGCCCUUGCGAGGGCAGCAGAAGGAUUUGUAGUUAAAUGAUUGCUAUGAAUCAGGAGUUUCGUGACUAAAUAAUCUUUCAUUAAGGAAGAAGCACACACCGUGUGUCUGUGAGGUUAGAAGGAUUUGCCUGAAGGAUCUGACUUGUGUCACCAUCUAUACGCUACGGGGAGGACCAAACCGGAGCCCUUCACUGUGAGGGCUGUGCAGCAGAGACGUGUGAGUGACUGUGGAAGUGUGGAGCCCAGACGGUCAAAGGGAAAAAUAACACUGUGCCUCCUAAUGGACGUUUUUAGCUUUAAAAACCCACUCCUCUCUUCUCUGUGUCUUCCCAAACCAACACUCUUAGGGAUUGCUUUAAAAAGGGUAUGCAAGAGGUGUCAUCUAUACGCAAAUGCCACGGCUGGAAAGGUCACGAAUACACCUUCAGCGUGCUGCGAGGGAACCCGAUACGUUACGGCACUGACAUCUCAUUUGUCACCUCCUGACUCGAAAGUUGUUUCUGUCCUUGUCCCCCUCUCCUUCCCAGGAAGUCAGGUGGAAGCGUUACCGAGCCUCAGCUACCACUCUGGGUAGUAGCGGGCUCCUCUAUUUAUGCAGACGUGGUGGCAGUUCAUCCGUUUCAGCUGAAAGGAAUGUAAAUGCUGUUGUGUUGUGUUUUUUUGUUUGUUUUUUUUUAUUUUUUUAUUUUAUUUUAAAGAGAAGUAUCAAAUAUCUGUGCAGCACCACCACCAACUGCAUUUGUUUUCAAGUCUACAGCCAAUAAUUUCCUAACACCCGUCCUUACCUUUAAGGCUGAUAAACAAAUAACAGAUCAGGCAAAUCAAGAUGAUGAUAAACUGGAAUCUGGAAACUGAGGCUGCUGUGUCCUCUUCACCAUGCUGCUUUCAACCAAGUUAAUGUUUCCCUUCUAAAGGCAACAGUUGCUUGUUGUUGAAUCUUGUCCAAGCUCAUGCUGGGGAAAUUGGCUAAGGCCACCCUGGAAAUUUAGCUGAUAACGUUUUCCCACAUGGGUCUAACAAGUGAAACUUGCCUAAAAUGUAGCUGGGUGAUCAACAUAAUGGAGAACUGAGUAUGAUCUUCCCUCUGACUAAAUCCGAUUCCUACUAGACUAAGCCUAAUUCCAGCUCCUGUGGGGUUGAGAGACUGGAGGGGUAACGUGACUCUCUGCAAGAAUUGGUAUUUUAACUUAUUCUGCAGAGGACAUUUAGUCUGUGCUGUCUGUCUGUCUUUUUAUGGCCCUGACUACUUUUUUUUUUUUUCUUUCCUAGGUAUUUCAAGAUCAGAUUAUAUUCUAUUUUUUUUCAUUUGGCCGUAGCCUUGAAGUGACCUUUUCAUAGUCUUAAACUGAACUGCAGUUGCAGAAAGCUGGAACCUUUUUUCGUUGUAGAUGAAUCAAUGCCUGAUAUCAAGAGGAACUGUGGAAGCCAUCUAAAUUGAUAAAGCUGACCACAGUUUACCUCCUGGCCCAUUAAAUAAAAUGACACUAUGUAAAUGGAUUCUGGGGUGUAUUGGCAUAAACUCCACAGACAGUAUUUUUUUUCUUCCACUACAGCAAAAUGAGCGCAGAAUGGAUAACGUUCCAUGGCUGAGAACUUGAAAAUGGAAUGGAAAUCUUUACAUAGGGCCUGAUUCAAUAAAAACAUGUUGGCUUCUGCACUGGAACAGCCUGCAAAAGCAGUUUCCAUAGCACAGAAGCUGGAUGCAUUUAACUUUGCUGCAUCUGGUUCGUAAUGGUUUAAUGUUUACUGGUCAUGAAGUUGACAUCUGAGCCUUUAUAUUUCUUAUUCUAAUGCAUUGACAGGAUUUCAGAUACACAGUCAUACCGUCAUCUUGGAGAAAAAUGCAAAGCCAGACUUCUCUUGGGUGCUUUACUUCUCUGUAAAAUGGUCUCAGCUGAUCAAAAAUGUGGGGUUUAGAAGGAGACAGGCUAAAAUCAGAACAACUCCCAUUUGCAAAAAUAACACAAUUUCUUCUGCAAGGUCAUACUGCUUUGUAUCAUGCCGUACUGGAAGCAGUAGGUUAUAUUUUAUAAGCAGCCUGUUUCAUAGUCUGGAGUAGCAUUACUUUUAAAUGUAGCCAGCUGUGACUGUUUCUGAAAAUGUGAUGUAUAUACAACUUGUUAUAGCCCUUUACUAGGUGUAUGUAAACUGAGGUCUAAUAACUUUACGAAUACUGCUCUACACGGGGCUACACAGGGUCUAGGUUAUAGAAAUAUUACUUUUAAAAUUGCCUGUGUUUUACAAGCGCGAGUGAGGGGGAGAUGUCUCUAUGUAGUCUAUAAUCUGAUGUGCCUUAUGAAAAAAAAAACUGUCUUCUGUUUUCUACGUGUAGGCUAUAUUCUGAAAGAAAUAUUUCAUGUGAGAGUGAUAUAAAUGAGAUAUUUGGAAAUAAAUGCUCAUCUGUGUA